CUGGCCACAGUCCGGGUGCACCCUCGAAGAGGGGUUCUUCCGUCGGAAUGUCUAUACUUUUGUUCGAUCUGUCGCCGCGAAUUUGUUUGACGAAAUUCCUGAUCCGCGCGCGUUCGAAAAUGGUGCACGCGAUUUCGUGGAAUUUGUGUGGCUUGUGCGCCUAAAGUUAUGCAGCCUUGGUGCACCGUGGUGAAGCAAAUCGACUGUAAUGUGCGAUUGAAUUGAGGGCUUUUCGAUUGAGCUGUUUGAUUGGAUUUUGGAAAGGCACGUUGGGUGAUUAGCUGCGGGGGAUUUCCAUUGAUCGCUGGGUGUAAUUAUCGACACUAGAUUUGGGGGGUGGUGGGAGUGCGCGACGCGAUUGGAUUUAUGUGACGAGCAGUGCAGAGCAUUGAAAAGGAUUUCCUGUUGUUGUGUUUGAGGAGUAUAGAAAUUUGAAUUUUAAUCAGAUCGUGCUCCAGAUCAUCAAUAAGUUUAGCUUGCUCAACGAUCGCGCGAGGACAAACAAACAAGAGAAUUUUUCACCUCGGAGAGGAUCGCUGGACCUGCGUCGUGGAAAACCAUCGUGAGAGAGGAGAACCAACGAAUUUGUUCGCGUGGCGAUCGUUGGUCAUUCGGCGCCAGUCGAUCGUUGGCGAUCGUGAAUGAGAGAGGAGCGCGUUUUAAGCGUGAUUUUUUUUUGAGUAUGAAAAGAAGUGAUUUUUUUACAUGAUAAAAAGGUGUGUAAAUUUGUGUUGAUUGUAAUUGAAUGCAGCUUCCACAAAGAGUGAAGAAUCGGUGAAUGAAAGUGAUAUCCUCGUUAAAAUUCCGGUAAAAAAGCGGAGAAAAUUAAAAUUUUCACACACACACACAUACACAAUCGCUCCCAGUUUCGUGAGUCAGUCAUCAUGUGUGCUGAAACAAAAGAGUGAUUCCGAAUGUUGGAAAAGUGAGUUGGGGCUGGGUUGGGUAGGGCGGAAAAGUUUACAGUGAAACUAAUUGGGAAGGGUGUUGCGCGAAAAUGGUUUGCGAGCUCCCUAGCCCAAGAGGGGAGGCUGGUGGGGGAAGGGGACCGAUGCUGCGGGCCUACAUCGGGCUGAUGGGUGGCAAUCUGACGCCGGCCCAACUGGGCGAACUUUGCCGGCUGAACCUGUACGGGCUGGCGGUGAACGGGGUGGCGCUGGCAGGACUCGUCGCCAUGCUGGUGUACGUUGGGUGGCGAUUUAAUUGGAAGCGUCAUAAUCUGCUGGCUUUGCAUAAUUUGCGGUCAACGCUCGUCCUGGCGACACUUUUGGUCAGCGUCUGCGAGAUUGGCCAGUACUGUCUGGUGGUCCAGCGGCUGGGGGCACUGCAGCCGGUGGCCGAUGGUGAUGAUGUGCUGGCAGCGAUGACGGCCUGGCUCGGGCUGUUUGCCGGAUGUGUGGGACUGCUGGCCGUCCUGGUGGGAGCCGUCUUUGUUCGGAUGCUGGAGCUGAGUGAUGAGGCGGGGCUAUUACACAUUGUCCUGGCGGCCCAAGGCGUUCAGUCGGUGGUAAAGUACUGCAAAUUUGAAUACAUCAAUGGCGUAACGGAGGGACCUUCAUUGUCGACGGCCGCCGCCGCCGCCGCCACACUGCCGGGUUCGGUGGCCCUCGGGAUGACCCUGGCGCUGGCAGCACUGGCCGCGACCGACGGGAUCACCAUGUAUCUGGAGAAUAAUUCCCCCGCUGCCACCACUCGGCGCCACAUUUCAACGCUGAUGGCCAAAUCACCGGAGCCGGCACCGGUGCACAAGUCUGCGGCGUGUCCGUUUCUUUCGCGGGUCACCUUCUGGUGGAUUGUCCCACUGCUGUUGAGUGGUUACCACGAACCCCUAGAGCUGGCCAAUUUGGGCCGGCUGCCGGAGGAGGACUCGAGCCGGUUCCACUACGACCAGUUUCUGUCCAUUUAUCAACGAGUUAGGAAGUCCACCAGGUCCUCCCUGUGGUUCUGCUACGCGGUCAACUGCUGGCGGAUGUUCGCCGCCGGUGGCUUCUUCAAGCUGCUCGGUGACCUGUGCGCCCUGGUGGGACCACUUUGCAUAUCCAAUAUCGUCGAUUACAUCGCCAAACCGGUGACAUCUUCAUCGGAAUUGGCUGGCAGCACUGGGAUGGCGGGGCAAGAACGAGAAAGUCAUGUAAUUCCCUGGGAUGACACUGGCCCGGGUGGAUUUAAUCUGGGAAAUCAAUCAUCGACCGGCGGCGACCGGAUGCUGGUGGUCCGACCGCUGACGUGGUCCGAGCUGCUGGCAAACGGAUGGUUCGUUGCACUGGUGGUGCUGGUGUCCGCGCUGGCUCAGGGCACUUUCUCGCAGGCUAGCACCCACAUCAUGGACAUGGAGGGGCUUCGGCUGAAGAAUGCGCUGCAGGGGAUGAUUUACCGGAAGGCACUGCUGCUGAGCUGUUGGAGUGGUGGUGGGCGGAGUGGCGGGGAUUCCGGAUCGGGGAAGAAACGAUCCGCGGAAGGAUGGGAUGGUGGUGGGGCGGAAACGGAAAGCAGUGAUUCCGGAAAUCGGAAUGCGUCGAUUGGGAGAGGUCAAGCAGCAACUCCUCCACGAGGCCAAACCGACACCCCCUCUGGUGGUGGCAGCAGCAUCGAACGCAACAGCCAAAACAACAUUCCCAAGGACAACAACAUGGCCACGGUCAAAAGCAACAGCUCCGCCAACGAUGCAGAACCCGGAACAGAUGGUGCAACCGCCAAACCACUGCAGAGCAGCCAGUGUUGCCAGCAACGCGAAAGCACGGCGGAAGAGAUAAAACAUAAAACGGUUGCCAUCGAUAGCGGGAACGAGCCGGGACGUGGUAUCGGAAACCGGCAGCAGCAACCGGAAACGACCGGAAGUCAGGGUGGUGGUGGUAAUAAUGGCAGUGUUGCCAGCGAGCACGGCGGUGCCACCACCGACGCAGGUACCAUCACCAAUUUAAUGUCCGAUGAUGCUUUUAACGUGAUGUCGUUUGUGAAGAUUGCGCACUACGUGUGGGCGAUUCCACUCAAGAUUGGAGUGGUAAUGUAUCUUUUGUACCAGCUGUUGGGCGUUAGCAGCAUAAUCGGCUCGGUUGUUUGCAUCGUCACGAUGAUUCCUCUGCAGUUUCUAGUUGGCAAGAUGAUGUCCGCCAACUCGAAGAAGGCAUCGGAAUGCACCGACGAGCGGCUCCGCUGCAUCAAUGAGGUCCUGCUGGGGAUAAAAUUAAUUAAACUCAGCGCCUGGGAGGGCGUCUUCCGGGAGAAAAUUUCGCACGCCCGCCGCCGGGAGCUGCGCCACCUCGAUCUGGACUCGUGCUACUGGACCAUCAUGAUGCUCCUGACGCACGUCUCGUCCGUGCUGAUAACCUUUGUCACCGUGGCCGCCUUCACUCACCUGGAAGAGCAGCCACCGCCGGAAGCGACGUCAUCCACCGCCGACGACGGAAGGAUCCAAUUCACGGCGGCCCGUUUGUUUGCCUCGUUGGCACUGUUUAAUCAACUGACGGUGCCACUGUUUAUCUUUCCAAUCACGAUUCCGAUUAUCCUGUCGGCGGUGGUGAGCACCCGUCGGUUGCAGGCCUUUCUGGCCCAGCCGGAAGUGGUUGGCGCUGGUGGGGUGGGAGGAGGGGAAGAUGUGGACCAGAAGCGACGUCGGGAGGGGCGGCGUCCAAGGAAAAAUAAGGGAGGCACUAGGGCUGAUGACGUUGUGGGUGACGAUCCUUGGCUGGCGGCCGCCGUUGAUGACGAGUUGGAUGAUGACGAUGACAAUGACGGGGGAGAUGGAGGUGGGAUUCUUCAGAAUUCCUCGUUGAAGGAUGGAAAACUGGGAGACGUUGGGAAAUGUGGUAAUAAUUUAUUCAACGAUUCAUCGGAAAUGGGCGAAAAUACCCUUCAACCCUCCGGACAGGUGCCAUCCCAAGACGACACUCCUGAGCCUCGAACCAACUCGCAAAAGAACCGCAAAACAACUCCCAACCCACGUCGCCAAAGCUCCGGUCCCAUCUUUGCUCAAUUGGACGGCGUUGGGGCCAAGUCUAAUGAGUUGGGCCUUGGAAUGUCACCUGCCAAGGGAGGGGGAGAUUCCGCCGUGGGACAGCCACCGGUGGUUACCGUCCGGAAUGGACGCUUUCGGUGGGGAGCAGCCCUUGAGGAUGACAGCUCGGCGCAGAACUUGGGCCAGGAGCUGAGGAUUGAACGGUUAAGCAUUCCCGCAGGAAAACUAACGAUUAUUGUUGGCCGCAGUGGAAGUGGUAAAUCAUCAUUACUGGCCGCCUUAUUGGGGGAAAUAAAUCAUUUGUCCGGCCGAGUCACGUGGAGCAAAACCUCCUCCACCCCCGCCGUGGCGUACGUCCCCCAGCGUCCCUGGCUGCUGAACGCCACCGUCCGGGACAACAUCCUGUUCGGGGAGCCGCUGAGGGCGCGCCGGUACGACCGGGUGCUCCGUGCGUGCGCCCUCCGACCGGACAUCGAGCUGAUGCCGGACGGCGAUCUGGCCGAGAUUGGCGAGCGGGGAAUUAAGCUGUCCGGCGGCCAACGGCAGCGCAUCGCCAUCGCCCGGGCCCUCUACUCGCCGGCCCGGCUGGUCAUUAUGGACGAUCCGCUGUCCUCGCUGGACAACGAAGUGGCCCGGUUCGUCUUCGACCACGGCAUCCGGCGGAUGUUGGCCCGCCAGAAGCGCACGGCCAUCGUCGUGACCCAGCGGCUGCAGCUGGCCUUCCGGGCCGAUAAUAUAAUUGCGCUGGAGUCCUGUGCCGUCUGUGCAACAGGUACGCUAUCAGAAAUUGAAAGCAAUUACCCACAAAUACUGCGCAAGUGGAACGCAAUUAUCGCCCGGGAGCACCAGUCCAGGGAGGCACAAUUAAGUCCGGGGAAAACGGCACGCGAGCGGUGGAAACUGUUCAAAAACAUCUCCAAGAUAAGUCUGCAGAGAAGUCACGCACACGACGAGUUCUAUGAGAAUUGCGGUCAACCCGCGUCGCCCGAUACCCUGCUGACGACUCUGUUCACCCCGCUGACGCUGCUGCCCCGCGUGGGCUCCAGCAUGGGAGGCGGUGGGGGAGGGAACCUUUUUGGACCGCGCUCCCACACACCGGAUCUGGCGCUGCCCUUCGACGAGUGUCACGGCGAGGACGUCCAGCUGCGGCGGCAUCACUACUCGACCCGCUUCCGACCGAUGACGACCGACGGAAGGACCCGGAAGGGGUUCAGCGAUGGGUUGGUUGCUGGAAAGAGCAACAGUGUCUUCCGAACGCAAUCCCUUCAGCCAGUACGUGACCAGGAGGGUCCUGCCAGCAUCGAUGAACGAUUGCUACCUGCGGUACCGAGCUUGUCUCCAAUUUCCUCCACGCUUGGAUCGAUUCAGCAGCAACGUCAUCAGAAUGCUGCCGACUGCCAAAGAUUCCGCUUCACCGAUCCCUGCGGCGACUGGCGAAAGCUCAGUUUUCGGCAAAUCUUCACCCGGUUAAGCUCGCGCCGCCAUCGCCGGAUGAGACGGCACUCGAAUCCGGCCACUUUGGCGGGCAUCGGCCCGUCAUCCGGAGAGUUCUUCAGUAAGGGCGAUUCCGUGAAAAGCACUGCGACACUUUCGGAGGAGGAAAGUUGUCGCCGGUCGCAGGCGGAUCUGGGUCGGUUGCAGCAGCGCUGUGGUGGUGGCAGUGGGCAGAGAAACCCACUGCGAAGGCUUUGGUCCAGCAUCUCGCGGUACAGUGAGGAGGCGGAGGAGGAGGUUGUGGGAGACCACCCUGCCGAGGACGGCUCAAACCGGCUAAUCAACAACGCGACCGCCACCGAGGAACGCAAAUAUGGCACAAUUCCAGCCCGCAUGUACUGGCUGUACCUGCAGUCCAGCGGGCUCCGCAUGGUGGCGACAUUCUUCGUCAGUGCUCUGGCCCAGCAAGGUCUCCGUGUUUAUACGGACUUUUGGCUGCAAGGCUGGACCGACCGGAAUCAGUACGAAAAGGGUGAAACUCUAGACGAUUCGGGAGAUGUCCGGUACCACUUCCGAGUGUACGCCCUCCUGUCAGGGCUUUGCAUCGUCCUGGCGGCCGUCUCCUUCCCAGCCGGCCAACGGGCCGGCAGCAACGCCCGGCGCCGACUUCACCGCCAGCUGAUCAGCUCCGUACUGAGAAAUUCAAUCCACUUCUUCCAAACCGUGCCCCUGGGUCGACUCAUGAACCGGCUCAGCAUCGACAUCGCCGUGGUGGACAAGAAAAUUGCCGCCACAAGUCAGAAGCUGGUCCAGUUUGUGCUGCUGUGUCUCUGUGCCGUGCUCAUCAACAGUUUCGUAACGCCGUACUUUAUCCUGCUGACGGUGCCCAUCUGUGCCGUUUACUGGGUGGUGCAGAAAUUUUACCGGUGCUCGUCCAGAGAACUCCAGCGCAUCGAGUCGCUCACCUACUCGCCGAUCAUCGCCCACUUUUCCGAGACGAUCGAGGGCGUCACCACGAUCCGGGCCUACGGGCAGCAGGCCCGCUUCACCGACACCCUGUUCCGCCGGAUGGAGGCCAACAACGUGGCCCAGGUGAUGCUGAACUGCAGCAACCGAUGGCUGGGCAUUGCGUUGGACUAUUUGGGCGCGAUAAUCGUUUUUGUGGCGAUCCUGAGUGCGCUCAUUACGGCCAGCCUGAGUCCGGCGGGGACGAGUUCGUCGCUCAUUGGGCUAGCGAUAAAUUACGCGCUGCUGGUGCCGAUCUACCUGAACUGGGUGGUGAAAUUGACGGCCGAGAUGGAGAUGUACGUGGGUGCCGUGGAGCGGAUACAGUUUUGCAUCGAGAGCAGCCAGGAGAGGUACCGUGAGAGGAGUGAGGUGAAGUACAAACCCGUCCCGAUCUCGUGGCCCCAGAAAGGUGACAUCGUGUUCGAGAACGUCACGCUGCGGUAUGAGAGCCAGAAGGAGAAUGUUAUCACAAAUUUGAGCCUGACCAUUCCGGCUGGACAGAGGAUUGGCAUCUGUGGCCGCACCGGAAGUGGAAAAUCCUCCCUAGCCCUGGCACUUUUUGGAGUCCUAGAACUGGUCGACGGUCGAAUCCUGAUCGAUGACGUGGACAUCGCCAACAUUCACACGGAUGAGCUGCGCAGCAGACUGUCAAUCAUCCCUCAGGAGGUGAUGCUGUUUGGGGGCAGUCUCCGCGAGAACCUGGAUCCGCGGGGUCACUUUAGUGACUUGGAGCUGUGGAACUGUCUGGAAAUGGCCCAGUUGAAGGAGUUGGUUGUGGGGUUUGCUAAAGGAUUGGACACCCACCUCAGCGAGGAAGUACCGCUGUUUAGCGCUGGACAGAGGCAACUUCUUUGCCUUGCUCGGGCUGUGCUGCGAGGUUCGGUUUGUCUGGUGCUGGACGAGGCCACCUCAUCGCUCGAUACGGAGACCGAGAAGCUGGUGCUGGAUGCUGCCGCGAAAGCGUUCAAAGGACGGACCGUGCUCACGAUAGCGCAUCGAUUGCACUCGCUGUUCGAUUACGACCGCGUCAUCGUCCUGGAGCACGGUGCUAUCGUCGAGGACGGUUGUCCGCGGCUGCUCCGGAAGCGUCCCGCGUCCCGCUUUGCCACCAUGGUGAAGGCUUCGACCUCGGAGCACCAGCUGCUGCACCCGGUUCCGGAACCUGCUCAAAGUGGUGACCGGGAUUAGAAAAAAGGGGGAUGCGAAUGCAACGAGCAGCAGCGGCAGAGUUAUUAAGGAUUUAUGCUUCUUAUACUUAAGGGGUUGCGCCUUAAUAUUUAAUAGAUGGAAGAAAUAAACACCAUUCUUUGUCCAGCGGUAGCGUGAACCGUUUUGCGAAGAAAGCAAGUGGAGCAGUUCUCUGGAAAAGUGUCAAGUUUUUAUCUUAACUAUUUUAAAAAUUAGGAGAAGCUUUGUAACACUGAGAAUAAGUUGAUCCAUAGUGUAAGUCAACAAAUUACAAACUUUUUUAAA